CGCCGCGGGUUAAGGCUGGGAGGCCGCAGCGUGCGGCGAGGGCCGCCGCACAUGCGCCUUGAGGAAAGAUGGCACCUGCCGGCUGCUGCUGCAGCUGCUGCUGCUGCUGUGGCGGCGCUGUGGCCGCCGCGGACGCCGCCCGGCGCGUCCUGGUGCUGCUGUUGCUGGGGGUCCUGUCCGUCGGGCAGCUCCCGGGUGCCCUGGCCACUGAGCACUACUCGCCGCUGUCCCUGCUCAAGCAGGAGCUGCAGCACCGGCAGCAGCAGGAGGCCCAGGCAGGCGGCGGCUGCAGCCCGCAGUCAGGGGACUGGGGAGAGCAGUACUCGGUCGAGUGCGGCGAGUCAUCCUUUCUGAACUUCCAUGACUCAGACUGUGAACCCAAAGGGCCGCCACCCUGUGACUCACUGCUCUCCCUCAACACUGAAAAGAUCCUGAGCCAGGCCAAGUCUAUUGCAGAACAAAAGAAAUUCCCUUUUGCCACGGAUAAUGACAGCACAAAUGAAGAGCUAGCUAUUGCUUAUGUGUUGAUCGGUAGCGGUCUCUAUGAUGAAGCAAUAAGACAUUUUUCAACAAUGCUUCAGGAGGAGCCUGAUCUGGUUAGUGCAAUUUAUGGCCGAGGGAUAGCCUAUGGAAAGAAGGGAUUACAUGACAUUAAGAAUGCUGAACUUGCUCUGUUCGAACUGAGCCGAGUAAUUACCUUGGAACCAGAUCGUCCAGAGGUAUUUGAACAGCGAGCAGAAAUUCUGUCCCCUCUGGGGCGAAUUAAUGAAGCAGUGAAUGAUCUCACCAAGGCUAUUCAGCUGCAGCCCUCAGCACGGCUGUACCGACACCGGGGGACCCUGUACUUCAUAUCAGAGGACUAUGCGACCGCCCAUGAAGAUUUUCAGCAGUCCCUAGAACUGAACAAAAACCAGCCUAUAGCUAUGCUAUACAAAGGUCUAACUUUCUUUCACAGAGGACUUUUGAAGGAAGCUAUUGAGUCUUUCAAAGAAGCCUUGAAGCAGAAAGUGGAUUUUAUUGAUGCAUAUAAAAGUCUGGGACAGGCCUACAGAGAACUGGGCAAUUUUGAAGCGGCCACCGAGAGCUUUCAGAAGGCACUGUUGCUCAACCAAAAUCACGUCCAGACCCUGCAGCUGCGGGGAAUGAUGCUCUAUCACCAUGGCAGCCUGCAGGAGGCCCUUAAGAACUUCAAGCGGUGUCUGCAGCUAGAGCCCUAUAACGAGGUGUGCCAGUACAUGAAAGGACUCAGCCACGUUGCCAUGGGACAGUUUUACGAAGGAAUAAAAGCACAGACUAAAGUUAUGUUGAACGACCCUCUUCCAGGCCAGAAGGCAAGCCCAGAGUAUCUGAAAGUGAAGUAUCUCCGAGAGUAUUCUCGGUAUCUUCACGCACACCUCGAUACUCCCCUUGCGGAAUAUAACAUUGAUGUGGAUCUUCCUGGGAGCUUUAAGGACCACUGGGCUAAGAGUCUGCCCUUCCUCAUCGAAGACUACGAGGAGCAGCCAGGGCUGCAGCCCCACAUAAAGUUUAAUACUAAAACGAAGGAUGGGUUCACUGUGAACACAAAAGUUCCCAGCCUCAAAGAUCAAGGGAAGGAGUACGAUGGAUUCACCAUCACGAUCACAGGAGACAAGGUUGGCAACAUACUGUUUUCUGUGGAAACACAAACCACAGAAGAAAGAACACAAUUAUAUCAUGCCGAAAUAGAUGCACUUUAUAAAGAUCUAACAGCAAAAGGAAAAGUACUCAUCCUUUCAUCAGAAUUUGGGGAGGCUGAUGCUGUUUGUAACUUAAUCUUAUCCUUAGUUUAUUACUUUUAUAAUUUAAUGCCACUUUCUCGAGGGUCCAGUGUCAUAGCUUACUCCGUGAUCGUGGGAGCGUUGAUGGCAAGUGGAAAAGAAGUAGCAGGAAAAAUUCCCAAAGGGAAGUUAGUUGACUUUGAAGCUAUGACAGCACCUGGGUCAGAAGCCUUUAGCAAAAUAGCCAAAAGCUGGAUGAACCUGAAAAGUAUUUCACCUUCUUAUAAGAGUCUCCCAUCUGUGUCAGAGACGUUCCCAACGUUAAGAUCAAUGAUCGAGGUGCUAAACACUGACUCCUCUCCACGUUGUCUUAAGAAACUCUAGCUGCGCUGUGGUAUUUAUACAAGUAAAGGGCCGGACCUCUUGCUUCCUAAGUUAUUUUUUAAAACAUGGAAUUAUAAAGAAACUAGGUCCUUUAUUACUUUUGAUACCAAUUUUUGAUAGGAAUUGAAAUACUUGAAAUCAUUUUCUUUACUUUUUUGAACCAUAACGAAAAUCACAGAAGACGGUGUUUUGGGGAAGAAAGCUCCACGUCAGGGCAGGAGAGUGUGUCGGUGGCCAGUGGCCUCGCUGGCUUCCACUCACAACAUCAAUAGCUCCUUCCUUACGGCAAAAAUGUUUACUUCCAAAACCAAAAAUCAGUCACUGAAAGGAACAAAACCAACCACAGAUCAGGAGUGUUUCCCUUCCUUCUAGAGAUUUGGGUAUUUUUCAAAGACCUCCAUGUGCACAUCGUGAUAGGACAUCUUAUUUUCCCCUCACAUGACCUUCAGGCGUGCGACCCCGGUUUACCUGGAGAGGGGACGUUGUGGGCCGUCGCCGUGUGCCACGGCGCUCCCAGCCGGAGGCGGCUGUUGUGAAUGAUGCGGACCGUGUUUGCCAGUGGCCCAAACACUGGAUUAUGGAACCAUGUUUUGUUUCGUUUUUUUUUUCUCUGUGUUGGAAAAAAUAAACGCGGGGU